AGUAAAUUGGACAAAUAUAUUUUCUCGUGCAUAAUAAAGAGUACUAGUUUGAAGUAGAGGUACAAAAGACUGAAAGAGAAAGGCUUGGACAUUGAAGACGGGGACCGGAGGAGUGCCCGUAUAAAGUUCAAUCGCGCUUUACUCUAUUCAGUGUGCUAGACAUGGCGGUUGGGCGCGUCAUUUUUUCUUCGGACGACCUAGUGAAAACGUCUCCGAACGAUCAGAGAUCUUACCGAUACAUUGAGCUUUCUAACGGUCUCUGUGCUCUAGUAAUUCACGAUCCAGAAAUUUCAUUGGAUGGCCCUACGGAAGUUCCCGUGAACUGCCAAGGAACUGAAGACUCCCAGGAUGAAGAUGACGAUGAAGAUGAAGAAGAGGGAGAGGAUGAAGAAGAAGAGGGAGAGGAAGAAGAAGAAGAAGACGGAGAGGAUGAAGAUGAAGACGAGGAGGAAUCUGAAUGGGGAGACGGGAAUGGAGAUAAGAAGACGAUAGAUACUCAUAAGAAGGCUGCAGCUGCUAUGUGUGUAGGAAUGGGCAGCUUCUCGGAUCCUUAUGAUGCACAGGGUCUUGCACAUUUUCUUGAACACAUGCUAUUUAUGGGGAGUACCGAAUUCCCUGACGAGAACGAGUAUGACAGCUACUUGUCCAAGCAUGGGGGUUCAUCAAAUGCAUAUACAGAAACAGAGCAUACUUGCUACCAUUUUGAUGUUAAAGGAGAGUUCUUUUAUGGUGCCUUGAAGAGAUUCUCUCAGUUUUUUGUCUCACCAUUGGUAAAAACCGAAGCCAUGGAGCGUGAGGUACUUGCUGUUGAUUCAGAAUUUAAUCAGGUGCUGCAAAAUGAUCUAUGCCGUUUACAGCAAUUGCAGUGCCAUACAUCUGCUCCUGAUCAUCCUUUUAACCGAUUUUGUUGGGGGAAUAAGAAGAGCCUUGCAGAUGCCAUGGAGAAGGGAGUCAAUUUAAGGGAGCAGAUUUUCAAGUUAUAUAAUGACAAUUAUUAUGGAAAAAAGAUGAAACUAGUUAUCAUAGGUGGAGAGACUCUAGAUGUUCUUGAAAGUUGGGUUCUUGAGUUAUUCAGCACUGUCAAGGGAGGCAAUGUUGUGGAAUCUGGAGAGAGAUUGGAAUAUCCUAUCUGGAAACCUGGCAAGCUGUAUUGGUUAGAGGCAGUUAAAGAUGUUCAUAUCCUAGAUUUAUUGUGGACAUUGCCUACUCUUCAGAAGGAAUAUAUGAAGAAAGCUGAAGACUACCUGGCACAUCUCCUUGGGCAUGAGGGUAGAGGGAGUUUGCUUUUCUUCUUAAAAACCAGGGGAUGGGUUACCUCCAUAUCUGCUGGUGUUGAGGAAGACGGAAUGCAUCGGUCCUCACUCGCUUAUAUUUUUGGCAUGUCAAUACACCUAACAGACUCUGGUUUGGAAAAGAUAUUUGACGUCAUUGGUUUUGUUUAUCAAUACCUCAAGUUACUGCGGCAAGUUUCCCCACAGCAAUGGAUAUUUAAUGAACUCCAAAGUAUUGGGUAUAUGGAGUUCAGAUUUAUAGAGGAGGAACCUCAAGAUGAAUAUGCUGCAGAACUUGCAGAAAAUUUGCUCGUUUAUCCUCCUGAGCAUGUUAUUUAUGGUGACUAUGCAUACGAGGUUUGGGAUGAGUUGCUGAUAAAGUACGUUCUAGGUUUCUUCAGGGCGGACAAUAUGAGAGUUGACAUAGUAACAAAGUCAUUAAACAAUUCUGGUGGAGGUGCUUCAACCGCAAAAUCUCACAUGCAGCAAAGGCCAUUGCACGAUAUUCAACACGAACCAUGGUUUGGAUCACGGUAUAUUGAAGAAGAUAUACCCCCAUCUCUGUUAGAAUUGUGGAAGGAUCCUCCAGAGGUUGAUGUAUCAUUACAUUUGCCUGUGAAGAAUGACUUCAUUGCAUCAGAUUUUUCAAUUCGUGCUGACACAGCUUCUUGUGAUGGAGGGAAUGCAUCCUCUCCUAAAUGCAUUCUUGAUGAACCAUUGAUGAAAUUUUGGUACAAGCUGGAUAGGAGUUUUAAGUUUCCUCGUGCUAAUACAUACUUCCGUGUUACACUUAGAGGGGCAUACAUUAACUUGAAAAGUGCUCUGCUUACUGAAUUGUUUGUCCUUCUUCUAAAAGAUGAGCUGAAUGAGAUUGUCUAUAAGGCUAGUGUGGCAAAAUUGGAAACUUCUGUUUCAUUGUAUGGUGACAAAUUGGAGCUGAAAGUAUAUGGUUUCAAUGACAAGCUGCCAGUUCUGUUAUCAAAAGUUUUGGCAACAACCAAGACCUUCUUACCCAAGGAUGACCGCUUUUUGGUUAUCAAGGAAGAUAUGGAAAGAACUUUGAAGAACACUAACAUGAAGCCUUUGAAUCACUCAUCAUACUCGAGACUCCAAAUUUUGUGCCAGACUUUUUGGGAUGUGGAGGAGAAGCUAUGCAUAUUAAAUAACUUAUGUGUGGCAGAUCUGAAGGCUUUUCUUCCGGAUCUUCUUUCCCAGUUACAUAUUGAGGGACUUUGCCAUGGCAAUAUGUUUGAAGAAGAAGCAAUAAAUAUAUCCAACAUAUUUAGGAAUUACUUCUCAGUAGCACCACUUCCGGCUGAAAUGACACAUAAAGAGUUCAUCAUAUGCCUUCCUUCUGGGGCUGACCUAGUUAGAGACGUACCAGUGAAAAAUAAACUGGAAACAAACUCAGUGGUUGAGCUCUAUUUUCAGGUUGAACCUGAAGUAGGCACAGAUUUGAUCAAGUUGAAAGCAUUGUUAGAUCUUUUUGAUGAAGUUGUGGAAGAACCACUCUUUAACCAGCUAAGGACAAAGGAGCAACUUGGCUAUGUUGUUGGGUGUUCCCCAAGGGUAACAUACCGCAUACUAGGCUUUUGUUUUCACGUUCAGUCUAGUGAAUAUGAUCCUGUGUACUUGCAAGGAAGAAUUGAUCACUUCAUAAAUAGUGUGAAGGAGAUAUUGGAUGAUCUCAGUGAGGAAUCUUUUGAAGGUUAUAAAAGUGGAUUAGUGGCAAAGCUUCUUGAGAAAGAUCCAUCACUUCAAUAUGAAACAAAUCGCCUAUGGGGUCAAAUAGUAGAUAAAAGGUAUAUGUUUGAUAUGUCCGAGAGGGAAGCAGAAGAGGUCAAGAACACUCAGAAAAGUGAUCUAAUCGAGUGGUACCAUACUUAUUUACAACAACCAUCUCCUAAAUGUAGGAGACUUGCUGUGCGGGUUUGGGGUUGCCACACUGAUCAGAAAGACCCUACUGAAACCGCUGCUCAGGUCAUAAAAGAUGUGACUGCCUUCAAGAACUCAUCUCCCUUCUACCCAAACUUUUGCUGAAACCCACGUGUGAUUUUUUACCGGCUUUCAUUUCUAAAGAACAGCACCACAGAACAUUUUUACAGCAAGUACUUUCUCUAUUCUGUCACUUUGGGCAAUUGGGCAUAUGCUGAUCCGCUAUUGCAGUUUUGUCUCAUUUUAAUGGAAAUCGCAAUGAGUCAAUCUCUAACAGUAAAAACCUGAAGCUCAACUGAAAUAACAGUUCGAUUAAAGCAUCAAACUGUUUGAGCUAAGCUAAAAUAAAAAGAUUUUUCAUUAAAGAAUUA